AUGAGCCCUUCUGAGCCUGUCGCCACACAACAGCAGCAGCAGCAGCAGCAGUCCGACCCUCCCGCAAAGCGAAUCAAGACCACCUCUGACGACGCUCCCGUCCCCGCCGCCAUGGAGCCCUGCCCGCCUCUCCAGGUCAAAAAGCUUUCGGACAAGGCUCGCCUGCCUACUCGCGGCAGUCUCUACGCCGCAGGCUACGAUCUCUACGCCGCCAAGGCCACUACCAUCCCCGCGCGCGGCAAGGCCCUCGUCAGCACCGAUAUCGCCAUCUCCGUCCCUGCCGGCACUUACGGCCGCAUCGCCCCCCGCUCCGGUCUCGCUGCCAAGAACUUUAUCGACACGGGCGCCGGUGUCAUCGACGCCGACUACCGCGGCGAGGUCAAGGUCCUCCUCUUCAACCAUGCCGACGCCGAUUUCGAAGUUGCCGAGGGCGACCGCGUCGCCCAGCUCGUCGUCGAGCGCAUAUUCACCCCCGAGAUCGUCGAGGUUGCGGAGCUCGAAGAGAGCGUGCGCGGCGCUGGCGGCUUCGGCAGCACGGGCGUUGCUCUUGCGUAG